CUUUUUGCGGAAGUGAAACUGUCAAUAAUGGACCAAAUUUACCAGAAGUAAUUACACAGUUAUUAGAACUGGUGCUUCAAAUAAACAAGAAUUCACCAUGACUGUGAUGGAAUUCUUUGGUUGCACUUUUAUAGCAUUUGGACCACCCUUUGCUUUGUUUGUGUUCACAAUUGCCAGAGAUCCUCUUCGAAUAAUUGUGCUCAUUGCAAGUGGAUUUUUCUGGCUGUUAUCACUUCUAGUAUCCUCUAUACUGUGGUAUGCUGUGGUCCCUCUGAGAGAACAGCUGGUAUUUGGACUGGUUUUCUCAGUUCUUUUUCAAGAAGCAUUCAGACUUCUUUUCUACAAACUUCUGAGGAAAGCUGAUGAUGGCUUGCAGAAAGUUAGCCAAACUGGCCAAGAAAUGCACAUGACUCCCAGGGAUAUUUCAAACAAACAUAUAAUGGCAUAUGUGUCAGGCCUGGGGUUUGGCAUACUCUCUGGUGCUUUCUCAACCGUCAAUGUGUUAGCAGAUAUGGUUGGUCCAGGAACCAUUGGUAUCCAUGGAGAUUCAAAAUAUUUCUUUGUAGCUACAGCUUUUCUCACCCUUAGUUUUAUACUUCUCCAUACUUUUUGGGGCGUAAUCUUCUUCAAUGGACUCGACAAAAAGCGGUACCAUAUGGUGGCGCUGGUUGUGGGAACUCACAUGCUUAUCUCAUGUCUGACCCUCCUGAAUCAGAGGACCUCCUCCCGUGACAGUCCCCUGUAUCUGGCCAGUAUCCUCCCAGCUUACUUCCUCACAAUCAUCAUGGGAAUCAUUGCGUACAUCACUGCAGGGGGAUCGCUAGCGAAUAUCAAGAGUUGCAUGCCUUGUGGCAAUGCUCGCAAAUACGAGAUUGAAUAAACUUGGGGAUCCUAGCCAAAUCAUGAAAGCUAAAAACACUAUCAUUGUCUCAUUAUUUGUAUUUUGUCUGUCCUGUACGUUUUAUAUGUCAUUUUUUAGGGGAAAAAUGUCAUAAAAAAAUAAAUUCAAACAAGUAUUUGUGGUA